AAAGCGAAGUGGUUUUUUUUUGGUUAUUGUGCAUGAUGAGCGUCUGAGAUGGACACGGCGCAGAGAGAGUUUUUUUUGUCGAACGAGCGUUUAGAGGCGCACAAGAGGGAGGUGAAGAGGAAGCGAGAAGAGGAGGAGGCGCGGCGUUUGGAGGCGUACGAGAGGGAGCAGAGGGAGCAGAGGGAGCAAGAGGAGAAGAUGCGCGAGAGAAUUAGGAGGAGGAAGGCUGAGCUCGAGGAGGAGAGGAAGAGGAAGGAGAAGGAGAAGGAGGAGGAGUACAUAAGGCAGCAGAAGUUGUUAGAAGAGAGGAAUCGCGAAAUGGCUAGAAGGAUUGAGAAGAGGAGGGCAGAGGCGAAGUUGAACGAGGAGAGGCUAGAGAGGGAGUUGUGGGGUGCUCAGAUGAAGGAGGAGUUUAGGGCGUCGAACGUGCCGCCGAUAGCAAGGCACAAGCGCGAGGUGGAGUUGAAGAAGCAGAGGCUCGAGCAGGAGAAGCUAGAGUUGUACGCGAGGGAGCAGGAGAGUGAGGCAGGGAAGCCGUCGUUGAAGGAGUUGAUAGAGAGGAACAAGGCGUUGGUGCAGGAGAGGCGGAGGGCGGAGGAGGAGGAGCAGAAGAGGGCGUACAUGGAGGAGGAGGAGGCGAGGAGACAACAGGCGGAGGCGAUGAAGAGGAGGAUUGCGGAGAACAGGCAGGAGUUGGAUAGGAGGAAGCAGGAGGAGGAGAGGGAGAUGUUGGAGAGGUACAAGAGAGGGGGAUGAGAGCGUGGUGCGGCGUGCAAGAAGAGUAGAGGUGUGAAUAAGAAAAAAAGUUG